UGAUGGAAGAGGUGGAAGAGGAGGAGUCUGUUUGUUGACAUCGGGACGAAAACGAAAAUCAGAUGAGUGGAGACUGAUGAAAAUAUAUCUAACAGCACUCAACAAGGUAUCCAGCCUUGGCGAAAGCUAAGAGGGAGAAGCUAAUAUGGCAGCAAAAACAGGAGACGACCCGGACAGCCUCAUGGCUUUAGCAACAGUCUUCUGCCUGAGGAACCUUAGGAAGACCAUGUGUUACCAAGGAUACAGAAAUAAGCUUUGUCUGCGCUCAGACAUCUUUCUUCCUAGUGAAAUCUGUGAUAAGCUGGUCAACACGUAUAUGGACUUGGUUCACACAGACAGUAACUUUGAGCCACAGGAAAGUUUUUUCCAGUUAUUUUCAGACCCCAGAAGCACAAGACUCACAAGAGUACAGCUCAGAGAGGAUUUUGUACGCGACAGAGACUUGGAAGCCAUUAGAAAACAGGACCUGAUCAAGCUCCACCUGACCUACUGCAGCAACGUGUCGGCCCGCAGCCUCAAGACGCUGGGCUGCUUCAAGGACACCCUGGUGUCCCUGUGCCUGUUCGGCUGCAGCAACAUCUUCUACCGCAAGGGCGGCGCCCCGCUGGCGUGCGGCGAGGACAACGAGGAGGACGACCUGGCCAACCCCGUGUCGCGGCAGGCGCUGGAGAAGGACUUUAACUUCGAGGGCUUCGGCCGCCUGCGCCUGCUCAACCUGGGCGGCCUGCCGGACGAGAUCGACGUGGAGCCGCUGCUGAAGACGCUGACGGCGCUCACCUCGCUGGACCUCUCGGGCGUGCAGCUGGCCCGGGCCGCCUUCCUGACGCAGUGGAAGGAGCGCAUGGCGUCGCUGGUGCUCUACAACGUGGACAUGUCGGAGGAGCUGAUCGGGACCCUGCUGGAGCUGGGCAAGCUGAGGCAUCUGGACGUUUCCAGAGAGAGCAGGCGCACGUCCAAGUUCAAGAUGACCAGGAAGAUUCUCACGGCCAUCGCCCAGCGGCUGGUCAACCUGGUGUCCCUGGACAUCUCGGGCCACGUCAUGCUGGACAACUGCACCGUCCCCCACGUCAAAGACGCUAUGGGGCGGGCCAGCACGGAGCCCUGCAAAAGCAGCAUCUAUCCCUUCCAAGAGCUGAAGAGACCUCUACAGUUUCUGGGUUUAUACGACACCACGCUAUGUAACGUGACACAUAUCCCCGCAUAUAAGGUGACCGGGUCGAAGAACGAGGACCAGGUCCUGAACGCCAUCGAGGCGUACACGGAGUUCCGGCCCGAGCUGGCCCACCGCGCCAUCAACCAGCUGUUUGACAUCGCCAGGAUACAGCACUGCAGUCAGCUGCUCCGAGCCCUGCAGCUGGUGAUCGCCGCGCUCAAGUGCCACAAGUACGACAAGAGCAUCCAGGUGACGGGCAGCGCGGCGCUCUUCUACCUGACCAACACGGACUACCGCAACGAUCAGAGCGUGCGUCUGCGGCGGCAGGUCAUCCAGGUGGUGCUGAACGGCAUGGAGCAGUACCAGGAGGUCACCGUGCAGAGGAACUGCUGCCUGACGCUGUGCAACUUCAGCAUCCCUGAGGAGCUGGAGUUCCAGUACAGCCGGGUGAACCAGCUGCUGCUGAAGAUCCUGGAGCCGGCCCGCCAGGAGGAGUCCAUCCAGAGGAUCGCCGUGCACCUCUGCAACGCGCUGGUCUGCCAGGUGGACAACCACCACAAGGAGGCUGUGGGCAAGAUGGGCUUCGUCAAGACGAUGUUGAACCUGAUCCAGAAGAAGCUGCAGAGCAGAAUGUGUGACCAGGUGAUGGAGUUCUCCUGGAGCGCGCUGUGGAACAUCACAGACGAGACGCCCGACAACUGCCAGAUGUUCCUGAACUGCCGGGGCAUGAGUCUCUUCCUGGAAUGUCUAGAAGAGUUCCCAGACAAGCAGGAACUCCAUCGUAACAUGCUGGGGCUUCUGGGUAAUGUCGCGGAGGUCCGAGCCCUGAGGCCACAGCUGCUCACCCCACAGUUCAUCCUCGUGUUCAGUAAGCUGCUGGACAGUGAGGCGGACGGGAUCGAGGUGUCCUACAACGCCUGCGGGGUCCUGUCCCACAUCAUGUUCGACGGGCCCGACGUGUGGGGCAUGGAGGAGCCACUGCGGGACACGGUCAUGAAAAAGAUGCUGGACGCCAUCCGCAGCUGGGACGUCACCUCCCGCCGCAACAUCAACUACAGGUCUUUUGAGCCCAUCCUGCGACUCUUACCUCAGGGUAUCGCUCCAGUUAGCCAGCACUGGGCUACCUGGGCCCUCUUCAACCUAAUAUCUGUUUAUCCGAGUAAAUACUGCCCCCUGCUGAUAAAAGAGGGAGGAAUAGCUCUUUUGGAGCAGGUUCUUGAACUGGAUAGCUCCCAUGACGACACAAAGGACAUGGCAAGAAAAGUAAUGGAGCAAUGUGAAAACUUCAAGGAGGAGCCAAUGGAGAUCAACCAGGGUCAGGAGGUAGCGAACGCACAGCAGGCCUAAGGGAGCCCCCAUCGCAUUUCAAGCUAAACCAACAUAGGACCCCUUCACUGGGGCCAACAGCCGUGUGCAUUUUUCUCUGUAGAGCAGAAACAUUCUGUGGACACCUGAAUCACAACGCUAUUUGGAUGGACACGCACCAUGAUUUGACUAUUAUGGAUUUAAGAUGUGCAUGGUGUGUAUUUGUGAGUGGGUGUGCUUAUUUUUGCUGCACAUGUACGUAUAUCUUCAACUGGGAGCAGUUUGUGUUGCGUGUUUCUGUGUGUAAGAAGGAGGGAGAGCUGCUCAUUUGGAUCUUCAACCGGGUGCAAUCUGGAGCUGUGUGUGUGUGUGUGUGUGUGUGUGUGUGUGUGUGUGUGUGUGUGUGUGUGUGUGUGUGUGUGUGUGUGUGUGUGUGUGUGUGUGUGUGUGUGUGUGUGUGUGUGUGUGUGUGUGACAGAGCUGCCCAUGGGUAUCUUUAAAGUGGAGCUAUCUUGGGGGGUGUGUGUGUGUGUGUGUGAGCGUGUGUGUGAGAUGGAGGAGAGAGAAAGUCAAAAAGAGGCGCUUACUUGACAUGGCAUGGCGUUCGAGUCCAUGGCAACAGAAGCGGAUCCUCCCCCCCCCCCCCCCCCCAACCCCAUCCCUAUCAGCUGUGUAGGAGGGCUCAUGACCCCGUAGUCUGCAGCCCCAUCAUUAUCGCGGCCCCAUCAGCAGCAACGUCACACUCACGGAGAAGCCCCCCCAACCUGUCUCCUCUUCAUCUGUAGGAACGUGGAGCCCACCACUGCAUUCGAUUGAAGAGAAUAAGCCGUUAUUUGGCAGGGUGCUGUUGGGUGUGGAUUGGAUGGAUGGAGGGAGGGCGGGUGUGAUUGCAAGGGGGCGAACACGCCCCGCCUUUUAUUAUUAUUGUGAUAAGAGUUGAAAUAAUGGCGUUCUUUGUGAUAUAUGUAAAUAUUUCAUGUACUGUCCCACCCUUUUUUUUUUCCAUGUGUGUAUGGUUUAUAAUAUAACUGUCAACUCUUGAUUUUCAUGACUGUAUUUAAAUUUAUUUAGAUUUUAUUGACACUAAGGAAUAAAAUAAAUAAGUGUAAUCUAGUCAUCUUAGAUGGUCAACACGGAUCUUUUAUACGACUAGUUCUCUAUAAGGGUGAACCUAGCUUAUAUUUGCUAACAUUGUACCUAUGUUAUUUUGUUGUUGUUACUGGCAGCAAUACUGCAGAGCCCUGGAAAGCUAGUACAACACCUGAAAUCUUUGAUCGUUGCCAUCUCAACAGUGAGAAAAUUCGUUUGAAACGUAUCUAAAAUAAAUACCCAAACCGAAGUUCCUUCAUUAUC